AUGUUGCUUUUGCAAGAUAAUUGGUUUAAAAACGUUAGGUGGGAAUGUGAGCGUUGCAGUUGUAAUACGGACAACACGACAUCACGGUUGGACAAGGAUAUUGAACAAUCGAAUUCGCAAAUUGGGGCUAUCUGGUGGCAUAAGUGGGGCAAGGAUGAGAAGAUUGUAGCAGCGGUGUGA